CUUCUCUUCUUCUCUUCUUCUCUUCUUCUUCUCAUAAGUCAUAAGUAGUUAUGCUAUGACUUCAUCUUAGUCAACCCCACCAUCUUCUGCCCCCACCAGAAAAGAAGCACCAACCGCCACGACGACCUCAACCCCUCCAUUGCCCUUUUUCUCCCCUCCCUCCUUUCCUGUCUGGUCCCCGGUGUAUUUAUUGCUUCUUCCCAGGGUUUCUGCUCUGAAUUUUUCUACGUCUUCCAUCUUAGAGUCGAAUUCUUGUCACAAUGGGUUACACCGACGUGGAUCAAUUAGCCAUCAACACGAUCCGCCUGCUGGCGGUCGAUGCCACGGCCAAGGCCAACUCCGGUCAUCCUGGUGCCCCCAUGGGCAUGGCCCCCGUUGCCCAUGUCCUCUUCAACAAGUUCAUGACCUUCAACCCCAAGAACCCCAAAUGGGUCAACCGUGACCGUUUCGUUCUCUCCAACGGCCACGGCUGCAUGCUCCAGUAUGCUCUGCUGCACCUUUUCGGCUACGCCGUCUCCCUCGACGACCUGAAGAACUUCAGACAACUCGACAGCAUCACCCCCGGUCACCCCGAGUCCCACGACACCCCCGGUAUCGAGGUCACCACUGGACCUCUCGGCCAGGGUUUUGCCAACGCCGUCGGUCUGGCCAUUGCUCAGGCCCACACCGGUGCUCUCUUCAACAAGCCCGGCUUCGACCUCAUCAACAACCACACCUACGUCUUCUUCGGUGAUGGCUGCGCCAUGGAGGGUGUUGCCAGUGAGGCCGCCUCCAUGGCUGGUCACCUGAAGCUCGGUAACCUCAUCUGCAUCUACGACGACAACCACAUUUCCAUCGAUGGUGACACCAAGUGCGCCUUCACUGAGGAUGUCAUGGCCCGCUUCGAGUCCUACGGAUGGCACACCGAGUGGGUCAAGGACGGCGACAACGACCUCGAGGCCAUCGAGGCUGCCAUCCGCCGCGCCAAGGAGGUCACCGACAAGCCCUCCGUCAUCAAGCUGACCACCACCAUCGGCUACGGCUCCAAGCUGCAGGGUACCGGCGGUGUUCACGGCAACCCCCUCAAGGCCGACGACAUUGAGGGUGUCAAGAAGCGCUUCGGCUUCGACCCCGCCCAGUCCUUCGUCGUGCCCCAGCAGGUCUACGACAUGUACAACCAGCACGCCGCCGAGGGUGCCGCCGCCGAGCAGAAGUGGAACGACCUCUUCGCCAAGUACGCCUCCGAGUACAAGGCCGAGCACGCCGAUCUCGCCCGCCGUCUGGCUGGCAAGCUCCCCGAGGGCUGGGAGAAGAGCCUCCCCACCUACAAGCCGUCCGACCCGGCCAUCGCCACCCGCAAGCUGUCCGAGGCUGUUCUCGAGAAGGUGCACAGCGUCGUGCCCGAGCUGCUCUCCGGUUCGGCCGACCUGACGGGCUCCAACAACACCCGCUGGAAGAACGCUGUCGACUUCCAGCCCCCGGAGUACGGCAUCGGCGAGUGGUCCGGCCGCUACCUGCGCUACGGUGUGCGUGAGCACGCCAUGGCCGCCGCCAUGAACGGUCUGGCCGCCUACGGCACCGUCAUCCCCGCCGGCGGUACCUUCCUCAACUUCGUCUCCUACGCCGCCGGUGCCGUCCGCCUGUCGGCCCUCUCGCGCGUGCGCACCAUCCACGUCGCCACCCACGACUCCAUCGGCCUGGGCGAGGACGGCCCGACCCACCAGCCCAUCGAGACCCUCGCCCACUUCCGCGCCCUGCCCAACGUCAUGGUCUGGCGUCCCGCCGACGGCAACGAGACCAGCGCCGCCUACUACUCCGCCCUUACCUCCCAGCACACCCCGAGCAUCCUGGCCCUCACCCGCCAGAACCUGCCCCAGCUCGAGGAGUCCACCAUCGAGCGCGCCCUGCGCGGUGGAUACCCCGUCGUCGAGGCCCCCGGCGCCGCCGUCACCAUCGUCUCCACCGGUUCCGAGGUCAGCAUCUGUAUCGAUGCCGCCACCUACCUCAAGGAGAAGCACGGCAUUGUCGCCCGCGUCGUCUCCAUCCCUUGCUUCGAGGUCUUCGACGCCCAGGACAAGGAGUACCGCCUUUCCGUCCUUCCCGACGGUAUUCCCGUCCUCUCCGUCGAGGCCCUCACCACCAUGGGUUGGGAGCGCUACUCCCACGAGCAGUUCGGCCUCAACCGCUUCGGUGCCUCCGGCCCCUACAAGAAGGUCUAUGAGCGCUUCGAGUUCACCCCUGAGGGUAUCUCCAAGCGCGCCAUCAGCACCAUCGAGUUCUACAAGGGUCACUCUGUCCGCUCCCCGGUCAACCGCGCCUUCCAGCAGAUCCUGUAAACAGUCUUCUCUUCCUUCCUUUUUUUUUCUCCUCUUUUCUAUAUUUUUUGAUGA